AUGGUGCCUCGACCGUCUCCGCAGUCAGCGCCACUACCGCUCAUCCCUGAGUUCUAUGCUGGCAGAGAAGUGUUUAUAACCGGAGCUACAGGCUUUAUUGGCAAGGUGUUGGUAGAGCGUCUGUUAUGGACUUGCAAAGAGAUAUCCAAACUGCAUCUGCUGAUAAGACGCAAGAAAGAUACAUUGCCAGAAGAAAGGCUAAAGGAGUUGAAGCAGUCACCGCUCUUCGACGUGAUCAGACAACAUUGUCCCCAACAACUUAAGAAGCUGACCGUCGUGAACGGAGACCUUACUAAAAAUAGCCUUGGCUUGAACAAAGAUGCGGUCCAGCAAAUAAACCAGGUGUCUGUGGUGUUCCACUCGGCAGCAACGGUCAAGUUCGAUGAAGUGCUUGAUGUGUCGGUGGAACAAAACCUCAGGUCCGUACUCAAGGUGAUGGACAUCUGCGAUCAGCUUCCGAUGAUACAGGUGAUGGUGUACGUAUCAACGGCGUACAGCAACGCAGACCGUCCCAGCAUAGAAGAGCGAGUGUAUCCUGCUCCAAUGAGUCUCCAAAAACUCCAAAUCAUUCUUGACAAUUUACCCAAACAUCUCAUCAGGAAAGUCACUCCAAGUUUAAUAUCACCAAAACCGAACACAUACACGUUUACGAAGGCGAUGGCCGAGAGUGCGGUGGCGGAGCGCGCGCAAGCCGCUAAAUAUGCUACAGCUAUAUUGAGACCAUCUAUAGUGGCAUCCUCGGUGCAGAAUCCAUUCCCUGGAUGGGUACAGAACCUAAAUGGCCCCAGUGGUGUCAUGGUAAGCGCGGGCAAGGGUUUGCUGCACGUUGUCUACUGCUUCAAGAACAAAAAGACUGACAUGAUACCGGUCGAUAUUGCUGUCGACACCUUGAUUGCGGUUGGAUGGGAAACUGGAAUAGAGGAUCUCCGAGAAACUCGUGUGUAUAAUUGCUGUUCCCACGAUAAUCCCACGACUUGGGGGGAGUACAACGAACGGAUGACACGUGGGGUUCACGACUACCCCUUCGACUCACCGCUCUGGUACCCGUUUGGCUUUUGCACAGGGAAUAGAUUUAUACUCAAGAUAUCUCAGUUAAUGUUGCAAGUGGCUCCCCUCCACAUUAUUGACUUUCUGUAUAACAUAUUCGGAAUGAAAACACGUCCAAGUCUGACGGAGAUAAGUGACCGUAUUCAAGAGAUGAGCGAUGCCCUCGCCUUUUUCAUGUGCCACGACUGGACCUUCAGCACCAACAAUGUACGAAGACUAAAAGAAAAGUUGUCUCCCACUGACGCUGCCACUUACAACCUUGAUGUUCAUACCAUAGAUUGGGACGAUCACUGCGUGAAGUUCGUAAAAGGAGUGCGACGAUACGUCCUGCAGGAGAAGGACGAAGAUAUUGAACGAGCUCACAAGAGGGUGCGCCUGUUAUAUAUCAUCCAUCGAGCCUUGCAAUUUGUAAUGACGUUCUGCAUUUGCCGACUGGGGCUCUACAUCGUGACCAGCAUCUUCUAA